AUGAAUGACGAACUGGACGUGGAUGAAGAAGCAUAUGACAUGCUCUUUAGCCCGGUGACCCCCUGGCCCUGCCUGUCCCUCGACUUCGUUCUGGGCAGACCCGGUGGAGGGCACCCCUCGAUAGGGGAGGCCAAGAAGGAGGGGCACGACAAGGAUAAGAGGCCUAACAAUCAUGGGCGCCACAAUCAGGGGGGCUGCUCCCCCGUAACGUACCCCCUGCAGAUCACCUGCGUGGCGGGGAGCCAAGCUGCCAAGGGGAGCCAAAAUGAAAUAUACCUCCUCCGGUGGGACAACCUGAACAGACUGAAGGGGGGCGGCCACGAUAGCGAUGAGGACGAUAGUGAUGAGGAGGAUAGUGAUGAGGAGGAUAGCGAUGAGGAGGAUAACGAUGGAAAGGGCGAUAGUGGUAAUAACAAUGGUAAUUGCGAUAAUGGGGGAGACGCCUGCAACGAGAACGGCGCCAACGCUCGAGGCAACCAUCGAAAAGGGAAAAGAAACCCAAACGGAGUGCACACCCAGCGUGGAGCGCGAAAGAAGGAACAUGUCGUGUGCAAAGCGAUCAAGCACCCAUACGGAGGAUUAAACAGGGUAAAGACCUGCAAAAAAAUCAACUCCCUAAUUGCCACAUGGUGUGAAGACAGCAACGUCUAUAUUUAUGAGUUAUCGGACGAGCUAAGACAUCUCGAUGAUCGACCAUACAGUGAGGAUGUUGUGAAAAAACCACUGCAUGUGUUUGACGGGCACACUACUGAAGGGUUUAGUUUGGACUGGAAUCCCGUUCACGCGGCGAAGCUCCUAAGUGGAGAUAACGAUGGCAACCUCUUCCUGUGGCUUCCGGAUAAUAGCGAUAAAUGGACUUAUGAGCGGUUGCAGAUCGAGGUUGGCACGGACCAUAGCGACGAAAAGAAUGGCGGAAAGGGAGAAGAAGCAAAGGGAAAAGAAGCCAAGGCAAAAGGAGGACAGGCAAAAGGAGGACAGGCAAAAGGAGGACAGGCAAAAGGAGGACAGGCAAAAGGACGAAGUAGACACAGCAUUGAGGAUGUCCAGUGGAUCAAAGGAGGAAACGGGUUCGGACAUGUAUUCGCCAUGUGCUCCUCAGACAAAAGUGUAACAAUAGUAGACACACGAGACUUAAAAAAGGGUCAAAACAAUACAGAUGGGAGGAGCUCCACACACAUACAAAUAGCAGAUGCACAUGCAUCCGAUGUUAAUGUUAUAUCGUGGAAUGAGAACGUCCCCUUUUUGAUUGCAUCUGGGGGGGAUGAUUCUGUUGUUAAAAUCUGGGACACAAGGAAUACUUCCACUUCCGUAGCUGAAUUAAAAUUCCAUAGGAGACCCAUUUCGGCUGUCUCUUGGAAUCCAAGUGAUACUUACGUGGUGCUGGCUGCUAGCUUGGAUAACUCUAUUUCCAUUUGGGACCUCUCUGUUGAGAGUGAGUCGUUAGAGUUUGGUCUGACGAAGCACCCUGACCAGCUUCUCUUCGAACAUCGAAACCAGAAGUUCAUCACCGAUGCCAAGUUCCACCCCCUCCACCCAGGGGUCGUCGUAUCCACCUCCAGUGACAACUUUAACAUUUUUAAGCCCUGCAAUGUGUAG